CUGCUGGGGGUCCUUAUGGCCUUGCUCAGCUUCACCAUGGAUUACAUAAUCGAAAAAUGCCAGGAAGCCAAAUUGUGGUUGUACGAGGAGGUAGCCUUUUCAGUGGGUCUACAAUACCUAGCCUGGACCUUUUAUUCCAUAAUAUUUAUCCUAUUUGCGACAGGCUUCACACAUCUCGUGGCGCCACAGGCUGUAGGUUCUGGUAUUCCAGAGAUGAAAACAAUACUUAGAGGUGUGGUAUUGAAGGAAUUCUUAACAUUUAAAACAUUGAUGUCCAAAGUGGUUGGCCUCUGUUCAUCCCUAGGCAGCACGCUUCCAAUAGGGAAAGAGGGACCCUUUGUACAUAUAGCUAGUAUUGUAGCCACAUUAUUAGGGAAGCUCACAUCGUUCCGAGGAAUAUACGAGAAUGAGUCUCGGCGCUCAGAAAUGCUGGCUGCAGCUUGUGCAGUUGGAGUGGCUGGGACAUUUGCUGCACCUAUUGGUGGUGUUCUGUUCAGUAUAGAAGUAACAGCGACCUACUUUGCAGUGAGAAACUACUGGCGAGGCUUCUUCGCUGCUGUAUGUGGGGCCUUAGUAUUUAGACUGUUAGCAUUAUGGUUCAAAAAUGAAGAAACCAUAACAGCAUUAUUCAGGACGUCUUUAAGGACAGAUUUCCCGUUUGAUGCCUUAGAAUUAUUAGCAUAUUCAUUUAUUGGAGUCGUGUGUGGCUUCGGUGGGGCCUUGUUUAUAUUACUUCAUAGAAAAAUAAUUUUAUUUACAAGAAAACAGAAAAGAAUGACAAUGUUUUUACAGAAAAAUCGUUUUAUAUACCCGGGACUUGUCGCCCUGGUGAUUUCCUCCCUCACAUUCCCUCCAGGCCUUGGCCAGUUUUUUGCAGGAAGUUUGACAAGUCGACAAGCCAUCAAUGAGUUAUUUAGUAACAUAACAUGGACGUCGGGUCAGGCAGACAACCUAGCAGAGGAGGAGAUUAUCAGCCAUUGGAAGCAUCCUGACACAAACAUAUAUGUUAACCUUGUUAUCUUCAUUAUUAUGAAUUUUUGGUUUGGGGCCAUUUGUAACACGCUACCUAUCCCUGCGGGGGUGUUUGUUCCUGUCUUCACGGUGGGAGCUGCCUUCGGACGUCUUGUCGGAGAAGGCAUGGCAGCGUGGUUUCCAGAUGGUAUUCCGUCAGGAAAUGUGAUCCGUAAAAUUGUUCCUGGAGGGUAUUCUGUCGUGGGUGCAGCCUCUUUAUCGGGAAGUGUUACCAGGACAAUAUCAACAUCUGUAAUUGUGUUUGAGCUGACAGGUCAGAUCAGUCACGUACUACCUGCAGUAGUAGCUGUACUUAUUGCUAAUGCCAUAGCCAAUCAGCUGCAGCCUUCAUUUUAUGACAGUAUCAUCAAACUGAAGCGUCUGCCAUACUUACCUGACAUAGUGUCUUCCAAAUCAAGCACUUGGAAUGUGUAUGUAGAAGACAUAAUGGUCACUGAUGUCCAGUAUGUGUCCUUUGUGUCCAGUUACGGUCAUCUGAAAGACCUUAUCACCAAGUCCAUUCACAAAAGUUACCCACUAGUGGACUCUCCAGAUUCAAUGAUACUACUGGGGUCUAUACAACGUUUUGAGCUAGAGCGGAUCCUUUUGUUACACUUAAGUUACGACCAGAAAAUCCUAAUGAGCAACUCGGAUGAGGACACGCCAGGAACACGAACCCCAAACUCAGAAUUAUCAACGGCCCAAAACUCUAGAGCCCCUUCACCCACAACUAUUCCAGCUCUCACGGUCACUGAGUCCUCCCCAGCGCGAUCAUCGAGGUUCCAAGUUCUUAAGGUGGAUGAAGUACAAGGCGGUGGAGGAGCAAACAGACUCCCAAACCCAUUUAGAAUGAGAUUUUCAAAAUCUUCCAACAGUCUGACAGAAUUAUCCGAGGAAGCUAAGGAGGAACAGACAUAUCAUACUCUUCAACUUCCUCUCCGCUCCAUCCUGAAAAACUCCAGCUCCACGUCCAGUAUGGGCAAAGCUAGCAGCACCAGUGACCUCAAAACCUCUAUAAAUGCUUACUAUGAACAGUUCCGGAACCAAAGAAAGGACAGCAUUGUGGAGGACAUGCCUUUUGUAAUCAAUAAGGGAAGUUUCCAGAACUUGGCAAAGAAAGUGCGACUGCCACCGGAACCAGUUAAAGUGAAAAACUUACCAGCAGACAAGCAACAACUGUGGGAGGAGCAACAGCUGUCAGACAUCAUUGAUUGGGAGGGCUGUCAGAUUGACCCCGCCCCCUUUCAGCUGGUUGAACGUACAUCAUUGCACAAGGUCCAUUCUCUCUUCUCCCUUCUUGGUCUAAAUCACGCCUAUGUUACCAAUGCUGGGAAGUUAGUGGGGGUGUGUGGACUUAAAGAGUUACGGAAAGCCAUCCAAGGCCGUAUUGAUGCACAGGCAAAUGGUAAGCCGAAUGAUGAAGAGGAUGAUAGUGAAGUAGAAGAUAUUGACCCUCAAGAUCUCAAGGUUGUGCCGUCUGUGGAUCAGGACUAUACCUUAGUAAACACCACUAACCCACAGCUCUCCAGGGAUACUGAACUUCACACAUUUAAUCUGUCGGAAGUAUAG